UAUUUUUUUCUUGCAGAAAAUAAAAUAUAAAUGUAAAGAUUUAAUCAUGAUUUAUCGUAUUAUAAUAUUUUUAUGUUGUGUUAUUAUAAGUUAUGGUGCAAUAAAUGAUAUGACAGAAAGUUCUUUUGGAAAAUACAAGGAAGGGGUGAUUGCAGCGUUUGGUGAUUUUAAUUCUGAUGAGCUAACAGACGCUUUUAUUAUUAGAAAUUCUUCAAAUAUUGAGGUUUUCUUGGCUCACGAUAAGGAACCGUUCCUGCGACCGUCGUCGUAUGGCUGUAAUUUUUCCAACAUUAUAAUUACUAGUGUAGUCCCUGGAGACUUUGAUGGCGAUGCCUACAUGGACAUCCUCCUCACUACACAAAUUUCUAGCAGUAAAGUUUCAAGUACCCAUCAAGUGAGAAUUAUAUGGGGAGGCAUGACCACAUUGAACUGCAGUGAUGCACUUUUGGUGAAGGCAAUCACAGUUGGUCAACCACUAGCACUGGACUACAAUAGAGACAUGGUUCUGGAUCUUUUUGGCAUAAAUGCACAAAAUCAAAGAGUAUUUUGGGUGUUUGACCAGUCUAGAUUAACACCUACUGAAGUGAGGUUAGGCAUGGAGAAAUAUAAGGAAAUUAAACUUCCUCAUGCUCAUUCAUUCUUAGAUGUGAAUGAUGACAACGCUGCAGACUUAUUGAUAACCACCUCCCUGGAUGUGGAGGUGUGGCUUAACAAUGAACCUCAAGGAUUUACAUACAACCACUCCAUUGAAUUACUGGUUGGUCACCCGGUCAUCUAUGGGCAAGCUUUGUUCACGGAUGUUGGUCUAUCAGGAGAAUUCUACUUAGUUAUUCCUGUGUGUUACGAUACUGAAUGCAUUAACAGUACUAUCCUCAUCUAUGACAACCAGCGCUGGUAUGACUUACAAGUAGACUUUAAUGAUGGGAAAGGAACUUUGUGGAGAUUUGUUCCUCCGAGGAAUGAGACAUACUUGGACACUAUCACUAUGAGGACGGGAGACUACAACAUGGAUGGAUACCCUGACAUGCUAAUGACCCUCAGUCCUGUCAACAACAAUGAGACCAGGGCCUUCCUCCUACACAACAUGCCCUGCAAUCAGCCAGGAUGCAAAUUCUAUAGGACUUUUGAAGUCCAGUGGGAUAGAUUAGAUUCUAUGGGUGAUGGAGUUGUAAUGGCCGCAUUUUAUGACUUCUACAUGGAUGGUGUAUUAGACAUAAUUUAUGUCAAAAAGAAUACUACAACUCAAAACCAUGUUAUGCAUGCAUUCAAAAAUGAGCUGGAAUAUGACACUAACUUCAUCAAAGUUAUAGUAGUUACUGGCCUAACAAACGAGAAAAUACCAACACUGAAUGGCACACUGUACAAUAGGAAGCUAACUUUUGGAACUAACUUGCCGGGGCCUCGCAUCAGCUACGAGACCUGGUCUCAAGAAGGCACCUACAGAACUGGUGUCUGUGCUCAACUGCCUCAGUCUGCAUACUUUGCACUUCAGUUACCAUAUUCUAUAUUUGGCUUAGACCGCACACCUAACUUUGUAGAAACUUUAAAUGUUGGUCUCUCUGGAUUUUCAAAAAGCUGGACUCAAAUUAUUCCAAAUUCUCAAAUAUUUGUUAUCCCAACACCCCCUAAUGACCCCUCUCAGUGGAGAGCCCAGCUCUUUGUUACUCCUAGUAAAGUCAUAUUGAAAAGUGUUUUUGUAUUAACAGUUAUAGUAAUAGUCAUUAUUGGCUUUGCUUUGUUCUUACACUGGAAAGAAAGAAAUGAUAGACAAGAUAUUAUUGAAAUUGAUGAAAAGACAUAUGUAAAAAUUUAGUAUUCCAUAAAUCCUAACUUUAUCAUAGUGUAGUAUAUGUAAGUAGUACCUCCAUAAUAUAUUCUAGCCAUGUUUGUCUUGCUAUUGUAAUUAAAUCAAUCAAUUAAUGACUACCAUUAGCUUUCAUAAGAACGAUAGUGUGCUCGCUCAAUGUUAUGUUCUAAUGACCAAGACAACUGUGAUAACAUUCGUGUAAAUAGCUAUUUAGGGAAUAGUUUGUGUCCACUCAUUAUAUUUAAGUUUAGUUUAAGGUACUGUCUACUAUUAAUAUUUAGUAAAUUAUAUUUAAACCGAAA